AUGGUAACCUUGAAUCUCCUCUUUGAUAAAGCCAACAGAACAUCCUCAAAAUCAUUUCGAGGCCCUGGCAUGAUCGAAGGCUUGAAGAUACUUGAGAAGGUUAAAAUAGCAUAUGACAUUCCUGUAGUGACUGAUGUCCAUGAAACUAUCCAGGCAAAUGUUUAUAUUUUCUUUUGCCGGUGUGAAUCAGUUGGCAGAGUUGCAGAUAUUAUUCAGAUUCCAGCAUUCUUAUGCCGUCAGACAGAUCUUCUAGUUGCAGCGGCGAAGACUGGCAAAAUUGUAAAUAUCAAGAAAGGCCAAUUCCGUGCUCCUUCUGUCACGGUAAAUUCUGCUGAGAAGGUUAGAUCGGCUGGAAAUCCAAAUGUGAUGGUUUGUGAAAGAGGAACUAUGUUUGGUUAUAUUGAUUUGAUUGUUGAUCCUCGCAAUUUGGAAUGGAUUAGAGAUGCUAACUGUCCUGUUGUAGCUGAUGUCACACAUGCAUUACAACAGCCUGCUGGAAAAAAGCUGGAUGGUGGAGGUGUUGCCAGUGGAGGUCUUCGUGAACUGAUACCAUGUAUUGCAAGGACAGCAGUUGCUGUUGGAGUGGAUGGAAUUUUCAUGGAGGUGCAUGAUGAUCCUUUGAAUGCACCAUGUGAUGGUCCAACUCAAUGGCCUCUUCGUCAUUUGGAGGAACUGCUGGAAGAGCUUGUGGCAAUUGCUAGGGUAAGCAAGGGGAAGCAGCACUUAAACAUUGAUCUCACACCGUUUCGUGAUUAGAACGCCUGAAAGGUUCUCUUAGUGUUUAAAGGAUGCAGAUCAGAGCCAAACUUGAAGACGAUAUGCAACAGAGAAAUGGAACUAAUUGUACGUGUUGUCUCACGGGUGAUGCUGGGGAUGUAGCUUGAGCUUGAGUCCUUGACAAAUUAUUCACUGUUGUCUUCAAAAUCAUUUAAAUAAAUAUAUAUUUAUAUAUCCAGAUAAACCGAGGGAUCUGGAGAGAGAAUGUUGCUAAAUUCUAUUCAGUUGUUCUGGAACGAGAACCUCUUUCUUGAUUAUUAUUAUUAUUAUUAUUUUAAAAAAGAAUUGCAUAAAAACAUCUGUCCAUAUAAUAGAAAAGGCUAGUUGAGAAAUCUUAAAUAUAAUUAUAGGGUAUGUAAGUAUAAUACAGUCAGUUUUAAAAAAAGUGAAGUUUUUUAUUAAAAAAUUAAUUUCUUUUUAUGUGAUAUUUAUUUAUUUAUUUUAAAGUAAUUGAACAGUAUUUACACACUAAAGACGGUAGCUAUAUUAUGAAAGAUAAUUA